CACGUUAUUUGGCCAACAGGUUCAAAGGUGUGGAGUUCAAAUAAUAUUCGUCAAAUGUCAAAGCGUUUUAAGAAAUAGCAUUAGGACUGAUAGGGCCAUGACUUAAAUUAUAAUUCUUAUAGCAUCUGGUAUUUACUACGUAUUCAGACCUUGCUCCAUUUAAGAUAAAUUGAUGUUGGUAUAGACGUAUUUGGGCUAGAUCGAUAAACACCAUUUUAAAAUAUGAUAAAGAUCUUUGACAUCUGUAUCAUUUCUAUGCUGUAAUUUAAUUCUCAGACGUAAUCACGUCUGGUCAGCAGGCAGCAUAAACUCUGCCUGUAAACGAGGUGCAUUCAAAAGGCACCUUCUUUGACAGGACCUUGACUCAGUCGCCAGCUACCAGUCGACCAACAGCUUGCAUUUUGGACUAAAGGAGGACAGCAUGUCCAGCGUUGCCUCUCGCCUUUAUUUCUUAGCUGCCAAUGAAGGGGCUGUUAAGGCAGCGCGUGUUCUUUCAAGGAGACCGAUCGCUCCAUCGCGUACGAUAUACACCCAUGCUGGUCUGCGGUCCCUGACACGUUAUGACGAGUCAGGAAAAUCCAUGGACUGGCAGAAGAAGCUGACCCCGGAGCAGUAUGUAGUGACCAGGGAGAGGAGCACCGAAAUACCCUUCAGUGGAAUAUAUCUGAACCACAAUGAAGAAGGCAUGUAUCACUGUAUUUGCUGCGACACGCCCCUAUUUAACUCGGAAUCAAAGUUUGACUCGGGGACAGGGUGGCCGUCCUUUUAUGAGGCUCAUGGCACUUGGGAACGGGAUGAGAGCCAUGCCAACAUCUUGCGGCGCCCGGAUUGCUCCCUGGGCAGCAUGGGCACAGAAGUCAUAUGCAAACAGUGCGAUGCUCACCUGGGUCACGUCUUUGACGAUGGCCCUGAUCCGACUGGCCAUCGCUUCUGUAUCAACAGUGUUGCCCUGAACUUCAAACCCCGAGUCAAGUAAUGCACUGGGAAAAAAAAACAUUCAUAUGUUAUCUUUGCUUCAGUUUGCAUGUUUUCACUAUGCUGCAUGGUAGGUCUUCUCCAUUUUCCUCCCAAAGUCCAAAGAUGUGUAGGUAGGUGAGUUGGUGUCUCUAGUUUGUGUGUGGGCGUGUGUGUGUGGCAUCCCAUCCCAUCCUAGCCGUUUCCUACCCUGUGCACCGGCUUUCUUUGGUUCAUCUCCCCUGACCCUCUAGGCCAGUAGUCACCAACUGGUUGAUUGCAAUUAGGGUGACCACCUAAUCCAUGUCAGUGGGGACACUAUGAGCUAUGGCAGGGUUUGUAAACUACCAUCUUAAUUAAAAAGACCUGGAUUGCACUUUAGCACUAACUUCUUGCUGUGUGGUGAUUGGUCAGUCUCCUAUAAUCAUACCUGUGUCACUAAUGCAGUGAAAUCCAGCGAAACGGCAGGAUGAGUCUGUCAAUCAAGGAAAUAAACCAGUCAAAGCACAAGAACUGAUUAAUAACCAAUCACAGGAGUCUUUCAGUUUUGAAGUAGUUUGUAAAACCUGAAGUAGCUUAUAGUGACACCCCCCCCCCCUCCACCAACAUGGAUUAGGUGGUCACCCUAAUUGCGAUUGACAGGUCGAUCUUGAAGACAUUCCUAGUCAAUUGUGACAAUCAGACUCCCCCCUUUCCCAGGUUGGCAAAAUAUAACCGUUGCGACUCGAUAGCUCCCUAGAUCGUUAUCUUUGUAAAAAUAACUCCCACUGUAAAAAAAAAAAAAAAAAGAUGGAGACCCUGGAUGGAUGGAUGGAUGGAUGGAUGGAAGGAAAGCUUUAAGUUUCCUCUAGUGGCCUGAUUAGCAUGUGAAGAAGGGAAAUCUAAUUACUUUUGAUCUGUAUACAUGUUUUAUUUCUCAUAAUGGUCUAGAACUAACAGAAAAAUGAAACAAUGUAGGGUCUAUUUUAUGUUUAACAUAGAGCUGCCUAGAUUUGCCAUAGUGCUUUGACCAAAUUGGCCAUAAGGUGAAACAGCACAUUAAAAUGACAGUUAAUGUGUACAUGUGACAAAUUGUAAAAUACCAAAUUAACCACAUGUGCAGCUUGCAUUUACUUUCUAUACUUUGGUGAGGACUUUGUAGUUUUACCGUUAAGAAAUUAUAAUUUAGAUUCUAUGGGUAAACUGUGUUAAACUAUAACCAAUCUGCCAUUCUACAUUAUUAAGCUUUUGAAUUAAUGAAUACGGAUAACAUGAAAUGUUGUGAUUAACAAAUAGGUUCACAUGUUUAACAAUGCAAACGUGUGUAUAUAUUCGUGCUGCAGAUACACAAUAUGGACAAAAGUAUUGGGACACCUGGCCAUUACAGCUACAAGAAUGUUUGACAUGCCAUUCUAAAUCCAUAGGAAUCAAUAUGGAGUUGGGCCCCCUUUGCAGCUGUAACAGCUGCCACUCUUCUGAGGAGGCUUUCCACAAGUUUAUGGAGUGUGUCUGUGGGAAUUCCUGCCAUUCAGCCAGAAGAGUUUUUGUGCGGUCAGACCCUGAUUUGGAUGUGAAGGUCUGGCUUGCAAUCUCUCUUCUAGUUCAUCCAAAAGAUGCUUGAUGGGGUUGAGGAAAGGGCUCUGCGUGGGCCAGUCAGAUUCUUCUACAUCAAACUCAACCAACAGUCUCUUUAUGGAUCUAGGUUUGUGCUCUGGGACAGUCAUGUUAGAACAGAAAUGGUCCUUCUCCAGACUGUUCCCACAAAGUUGGAAGCAUAUAAUUGUCCAAAACACCUUGGUAUGCUGAAGCAUUAAGAGUUACCUUCGCUGGAACUAAGGGGCCUAACCCAACCCCUGAAUAAAUAACCCUGUACCAUGAUCCCUUCACCAACAAACUUUAUAAUUGGCACAAUGCAGUCAGGCAGGUAAUGUUCAUUUGCCAGAGAAUUAGGAGGGAGCAAAAAUGUGGAUCGUCUGGUGGUCCCCGUUGACUGGGUUGAGAAACCCUGCUUUACACUACUUGAUCCAAUGCCUGGAAUUGUACUUGGUGAUUGUGAGGCUUGCAUGCAUUUGAUUGGCCAUUGAAGCCCAAUCCAUGAAGCUCCCGGUGCACAGUUUUUGUGCUGGAGUUAAUGCCAGAGGAAAUUUAGAACUCUGCACUUAUUGAAUUAACAGAGCAUUGGUGACUUUUACGGACUGUACACUACAGCACUUGACAACCCCGUUCUGAUACUUUACUUUGUGGCUGAGUUUCCGUUGUUCCUAAAUGCUUCCACUUUGCAAUAAUACCACUUAUAGCUGACAGUGGAAUAUCUAGCAGGGAAGAAUUUUCACAGACUGAUUUAUUGCAAAGGUGGCAUCCUAUGACAGUACCACACUUGAAUUCACUGAACUAUUUAGAAUGACCUAUUCUUGCUUAAAUGUUUGUAAACCUGACUGCAUGGCUGGGUGCUUGAUUUUAUACACCUGUGGCAAUGGGUCUGAAAGAAUCACCUGCAUUUAGUGAUUAAGAGGCGUGUCCCAAAACCUUUGUCCAUAUAGUGUAUGUGACUUGCAUGUCAAUUCUAAUAAAAUAAUACAGCAUAAUAACCAAACUAUGUGUGUUUUAUUUUUAUAAAUGCUACAAUGAGCAGUUUGGGUUGUUUCCUGGCAUUUCCACCAUCCAAAAUAAGCAGCUCCUCUUCCAGACUAUGAUUUUUCACAACAGGGGGAUUCAUGAUGAGUUGGAAGUUAGGGUGGUAUCUUAGCUACUUUAUAUAUAGUUACAUAUAUAGUUACACUACAUUACUUAACUCAGAAGGUAAACAAAUUACGUGAUAUAAAACAAUAAACGAUAUGUGCACCAGACAAUAAUAGUGAGAGUAGAAAACAUCAAGCUUUUAUGAUUACGCAUAUUUUAUUAAACCAUAUAGAGAACAGAAGAUAAAGGAUUGUACUCUUUUCGAUAGCCAUGAAAUACAUUUUCCCAUUAAAACGACAGGAUAACAUUUGUUAACAGAAUUAUCUAAUAUUACAGUAUAACUAGUUCUUGUAAAUACAGAUAACAUCUGAAAGUUAAGCGAGACUACAGAAGAUGCAUAAAC